AUGUAAAAAAUAAAAUUGGAUGAAGAUGAAGAAUUUAAUUUUAGAAGAUAGUUCGAAUUAUAAUAAAGUGUAGUAGAGCCAAAAUAACUAUCGAAAGUAUUAUGAUGUUUUUAAAUAGUUCAAAGAUAUAUUGAAUCAAGCAAUUGAUUUGAAUAAGAGGAAGAAAAAUGAAUUAGCUUAAUACAAUAGAAAAUAAAUAAAGGAAGAAAACAUAAAUUGCACUUAAUAAUAAUUGAAUUUUAUAUAGGAAUAGACAGAUGAAGUUUUAACUUAUUAAGAAUACUUGAAGACAAAGUUAGAUCAAAUAUUAAAGGCAAAAUUAUUAACAGAUAGAAAGAUCAAUUAUUAUAAUGAUAAUUUACGACAUAUUAAGACUUAACCUGAUCAUGUAUAAAGAGAAUUAGAUGAUAAAGUUAAAAUUAUGCUUAAGAAAACUUAACAUUUUACCCAAUAAUUUUAAAAUUAAAUGGAGAAGUUUAGAAGUUAAUCUGAAAUGAAUCAAGAAUAAUAUUCAAGAGAUAUGGAAAAUAGUGAAUAAGAAAUUAAAGAAAUCUAACUUAAAAUUAAAAAAUGUUAAUCUAAAAAUUAAGAAUUAUUAUCAUAAAUUCGUAUUUUAACUGAACAAGAAGAAUAGAAGAAACAUUAAUUAUAGGAAUGUUUCAAAAUUAGUGAAUACAUUGAAUUCUUUAUGGAAGCUAAAUUAAAAGUUGUUGAUUAAAUACAAGGAAAUCAAGAUCAAAUAUAAGAAGUAGGUUAAUCUUUAUCAUAAUAAAAUGAUAAAACCUUAACAAGAGUCGAAAUCUUAAAUCAAGUUGAUGAGUUUUAUAAAACAUAAGAUAUUGGCUAAUUAACCAAAUAAAUUAUUAGCACUUAUCAUUAUCUACUUGAACAUUAGAAUAUGCAAACAAAUGAAUAUAACUUUUUUACUGAAGAAAAGACUUUAAGGUAAUAGUAGAUAUUACAAUUAAAUAAUGAAUUGUCUCAACUUAAAAGUAUUUGUAAUAUUCCACUUGAUGAUCAAACUAAUUUUGGUUCAUAUAAUAACACUAUUAUAGAAGGACCAUAAAUUAUUCAUGAAAAUUAUCAAUUAAAUUUUCAUCUACAUGGCUAUUAACUUUGUUUAAUCACAAUUUAUCAAAAAUUAAUUGAUAUGAUUUAAAGAUUAUGUAAUAAUAUAAUUUGGUUAUCAGAAACUACUAAAUCUAUUCCAAAAUCAUUAGAUAAUAAAUGUAUGUAAUAUCUCAAAAACUUUACUAAAAAUGAUUUUAAUUUAUAUGUUCCUUUAGCUACUUAGAGUGUUCCAGUCAAUAAAUCAACAACAUCAAAACAUUUUGGAUAAUAUGUUUGUAUUGGUAAAAGAAAUGGUAGUAUAACUAGUGAAGAAAUUCCUAGUGAAUAAAAAAUUGAAUCUAUGACAAGAUUACCUAAUGAAUAAUUAUCUAAGUUUAAAAUGCAUUAAGACUAUGAAUUUAUCAUUAAUCAAUGGAAUGAUUUAAUUAGAAAUGAUUUUAUUACUUAAACUUUAAAAUAAGAUAUCAAUUUUGAUAAUAUUGAUAUUACAUUAAGCAAUCAUGAAAUUAUAUGUUAAAUGUAUGAUCAAUAUUCUAAACUCAUUAAAGAUGCUGAUAUCAAAAAACAUUUUGAAUUAUAAUUCUCCUAUUAUAGAGAUAUUAUGAGGCAUAUCUAUAAAAAUAAUUAAAAUUUUAAUUCCAAAUCCUUAACAUUGAAAUAAAAAUUCACUAAUGAAGUUACAUCUCCCUUUUUACUCUAAAUUAAAUAGCUUUAAUUAAAGAGAUUAUAAGAGUAGGUUAAUAGUUCAAAUUUAGAUGAUGAAUCUAAUUUUAAAAUGUAAUCAAAUAAAACUUUUAAUACUUAAGAUGAUAGAAAAUAUCAUGAAUAUUUCAUUCAUUAAAGCUCAAAAAUUAAAAAAUAAUUUCCUGCAUUGCAUGAUCAUUUAGUUACUAAGACUCUUUAAGAUAUAGAUGUUAUGAAAUAAAAAGAAAUGAAUGAAAAUUAUUAAUAAUCUGAUUUAAUAUCAUCUGAUAUGGAUUAUUUAAAUUAGGAAAGAAGAAAUUUAAAAGGAAUUCUUAGUAAAAAGAAGUAAAAACCUUAAACAGCUAGUUCUUAAAAAUCUAAAAACGGAUCUCUUGAAACAUCUAGUACAAAAACUAAAAUUAUUAAAUAAGUUGAUUUAUUACACAAGAUCCAUAAAUGUAUAAAUAUUUUAAUUAAUUAUAUUUAGUAUCUUCCUCAACUCGUAAAUUAGAAAUUAGUAAUAGUUUUAAUGCUGAUUUGAGUAAAUACACUUAAAAUGUAUAAAGAAAAAUAUCUGAUUAUUUUACUCCAAAAAUAGACAUGGAUUUUUGUUAAAAAGAAGAAAGCAGAAUUUUAUUAAAACCAAGUUAAUUUGAAAAAACUCUUUCUGCAUCAAAAUCAGUAGAACCAUAUCCUAUGACACCUCAUUCUGAAUAAGUAUUUUCAUUAGAUAGAAUUGAUUCUUUCAGAUAGAUUCAAGAUUCCACCUAAUUAGGAAGUGCUAAAAAAGAAAAGGCCUUUUUGAUUAAAAGAAAAUGA